CGGUGACGUCACUGCGGAGCAAGUGCAGCGGCCACAUCCUCUCAGCCCCGCCACAGGGCACGGAGGGCAGCCUCGGGGCCCAGCGGCGAGGGACCAUCCGCCUUGCUUGCCCGGCUCCCACCCACGACACCCCAGUGGCAGAAGUCCCAGGGAGGCAGGCAGUCCCACAUCUGCUGAGACUGCCAGGACCUGCGAGACCUUUGGAGGCCACCAGCAAGAGAGCGGAAGCAGCACCUUCCCUCCUUGGUGCUGCCUUGCCCAGGACUCGGGAGCAACGAGCCAGCUGGCAGACGCCCACCUCUGCCUCCCUCUGCGUGAGUCCCUGGGAACUCCCAACAGGCCUCUCAGGGGGAGGCUGCAGACCCUGGACGCUGUGCAACCCUGCCCUCCUUGACUGAGUUGGACGAACUGAGACCGCGAGGCCUCUCUCUCGGUUAGCCUUUGGGAAGGGAUCGUGGCAGCCUGGAUAAUUUUUUGGAUUCCCGAGGCAGCACAGGUGUCCACCAGCGGGCAUACUGCUGCCUCAGAGAGCUGGGCAAGAUGCUGUUUGGCGUCAAGGACAUUGCCCUGUUGGAGCACGGGUGCCAGGCUCUCGAGGUGGACAGUUACAAGUCCCUGAUGAUCCUGGGCAUCCCGGAGGACUGCGACCACGAGGAAUUCGAAGAGAUCAUCCGGGUCCCCCUAAAACCUCUGGGCAAGUUCGAAGUGGCUGGGAAGGCCUUUCUGGAAGAAGAUAGAUCCAAGGCAGCCAUCAUUAGGCUGGUGGAGGACAUCAAUUACGCUGCGGUUCCCAGGGAAAUCCAGGGCAAGGGCGGCGCGUGGAGAGUGGUCUACAUGCCCCGGAAGCAGGACGUCGAAUUCCUGACGAAGCUGAACCUCUUCCUGCAGAGCGAGGGCAGGACGGUGGAGGAUGUGGCCCGGGUCCUGAGGCAGGAACUGUGCCCCACGCUGACGGGCCCCAGAGAGCUGCCUGCCCCAAAGUGCUGUGCGCCCGGGCUGGGGGAGAAGCCAGGAGCUGAGGCCACCCCCGGGGCGGACGGGAUGCCACCUCUGGACUCGGCGGAGAAGGAGAGCAAGGCUGAAGAUGACAAAAAGGGCAAGCGGAAGCACAAGAAAAACCGUCGGCGGCACCAUGCGCCUGACAAGAAGCCGUGAGGAACUGCCUGACCUUGGGAGGCCAGACUUCAAAGGCUCAGAAUGCAGAAGAUGAGAGACCUGGUUGAUAUGCUGAUAAAUGCAUAGCAUGGAUAAAUAUCUAAGCAAGUGACAGUGGAAUUGAAUCUGGAAUUCCGCUCAUUGGCUUGCUCACUAGGCAACCCGCCAAUGAAGGCAGCCGAUGCCUCUGCCUUGUGUGUGGAGGUUCGGAGGUGAAGCGUUGCUUUGGGCUGAGACCCGGGUUUGAGUCCUGGUUCCUCUACUUCCUGGAGCGUGACCAUGGGCCAGACACUUAACCUCCUUGCACCUCAGGUUGCUACUCUGUGAAAUGGGCAUAGUAGGAACCUAUUUCACCAGGUUUGGGGAAGGAGUCAAUCCAUUUUGCAUUGACAAAGGACCCAAGAGCCUCGCUUUAUAUCUCAGAUUCCUGAACAGUCCCCGACCUGCGCCCCAGCAUCAACAGGGCACGGGAUGGAGAGGGUUUCAGAGGGUGUGCAGCUGCACAGACAGAGCUGGGUUCAAAUCCCAGCUCCGCCACCAGCUAGCUGUGUGCCUUUGUGAAGGUGACUUCCCCU